AGGUGAAAUUCAAAAUGGCUUACCUAUAGCCAGGUCUGGAUCUUGAAAUCUAGAUCUAGAUCUAGAAUAAUUAAUCAUAAUCUAGUAGAUUAGACAUUGAUUAGAUGAUAGAUCGUCCAUAAUUUGACAUUUAUGAUUUAAAUCUAUGUAUAAUGUAUGGAAAAUUUUAAAAUAUCAUGAUCAAUGAUAAUCAUUUAAUAUGCCUCCAUUAAAGAAGAAUGCUGACCCACUACACAGUGCACCAGCUGCCCUUGUUGGUGGUGAAGGUCCAGAAGCACCAGUGGAAGAGGGGACAUUAAGAAAAGUGUUUAUCGCCCCCAUAAAGUCUGCAGCUAAGACUGUACACACUCAGGAUGACCCUUCCAAACUUGUAGCUGAUUUUGAUGAAGUAUUUUCCCUAGGUUAUAUUCCAUUAGACAGUUUCUCAAAGAAAAUCAAGCUUGCAUUGAAGAAAGCUGCAGAUAAGAAAGUGGAAAUUAAAACAAUUGAUUUUGCUCGAGAUGGAUACAUCACAGAUGUUCUCAUUAAAACACUUUUUGAAGUUUUGCCAAAGUCAACUGUGGAAAAGAUCUCAAGAGUCUCACUGGAAGGUUGCAGUAUGAUCACUGACCUAGGUUUACAUUGGCUUGUUCAAGGCCUGUCAGUAGUACAGCACAGUGUUCAGAUCAACAUUAAUGGAUGCACCAAAGUUACUGAUGCUGGAUUGGCCUUAUUGGCAAAUGCUUCAUAUAUAGGAUAUGUGGAUGCUAUGGCUACAAAUGUUGUUCAUCUUAAAAAAGCCGGCAACACAAAAGGCUGCCCCCUCCUUAUAGACCCAACACAUAUAGAAUUUACAGUUCAAAAAAAUUCCUACCUGCUGAUUGUACCUAUAAAAACCAAGACUAGCCUAUCAGCUUUCCUCUCCACUAAGUCUAAACAGGAAAGACAAUCUGUACAACACUUGAAGGAAACAAAGAUAUCUGAUUGGAAAGUUAAUAUAACAGAGUUGCAACAAAAUCAUGUUUUGUUUGAUCAUGCUCUCCCUCGUGAUCCAGUACAUGUCAUUAUGACCUUUGAUGCCAACAGUGACAUAUCAGAUGUCAAGGACCAAAUAGUUGGGACUAUAGCACAUAUCCUUAGCAAAGAGACUUUAAACCCACCUCAUGUAAUUAAACAUAAAAAGAAAACCUUUCAUACAAAAGGUUUUUUAGAAAGCAGCACAUGCAGUCAAUUGGAACUGACUUUGGAUGGUAUAUUGAGGAAUACUUCAGAUAACCAGGAGGUUAUAGGAACAUUUGUUUCCAAGCAGCCAUUCAGCCGCACCAAUUGUUAUUAUGAAAUUCAAUGCUUGUCAGCACCACAAGAUACAGGCAUUUUGCUGGGUGCUUUCAAUGAUGCUGUAGUAUGUGAAAGAAAUCCUGUGAAUUCUGAAGAAAGCAAUGGUGGAGCUUAUGAAGGUUUUGAACUGGAAGAUGAUACUAUUUAUGGCUUGGGCAUAAAAGGAACUUGGGAGUCUGAAUUUGUUCCAAGUGAUGAUGCUAUUUUCUAUGUCACCAAAAAUGGGCAACAGGUCAAGACAUUAUCAGAUAAGCCUGACAGUGGAGCUUACCCAUUUCUUUCUGUUUUUGGAAAAAAUUUGGCCUCCGUCAAAUUGCUUAAUAUGGCCUGCCCUAGUCCAGCUCUUGUAGAACAGUGGGAGCAAAAGAAACAAUUCUGGUCCCCUGGCUUUAUGCACAAUGUUUUGUGUGAUGACCAAGGAAUAUUAAGCUGUGAAGAAAGUUACACCACUGAAGGGGAAAGAGGAAUUUUUAUCUGUCAAGAAAGCAUCACUAAGGAGCACAACACUUUCUCUGUCAAGGUUGUAGAUUUGAAGACAGAUGGGAUUAUAACUGUUGGCUUUGGUCCUGAAAAUUAUUCAACUAACCGACAUCCUGGUUGGGAUUCAGGCUCCGUAGCUUUACAUGGAGAUGAUGGGAGAGUUUACAUACAAAGUGGGUCUGGCUCUAUGCCUUCAACAAACGAGCUGUAUAUUUGGAAAAAUGGUGAUGUCAUCACAGCAGUGGUGAGUGGCAUGGGAAACUCUGACACAAUACAGACCAAAGAAGAAAUUGAGGUUGAUUUUUAUGUCAACAAAAAAUUGAUAGCCAAUGUGAAAACAAAAUUAAAGAAUGUGAAUAAAGGAAUACGCUUUGUGUUUAUGCUUGGAAUGAGAAAUGUUGCCACAAAAGCUCAAAUCAUGAACUACAGACCUGUUUACAUUCCACCACCGGCUCGAAUGGACAUGCUAACAAUGGGUAGAUCUUAUUACAUUAAUGCUUAUGAUGAUGGAUGCUUGAAAUAUAGACCUUUUGGAAGUCGAGACUCAUUUGGUCUAUUUUUGUCCAAGACACCCUUCAACUAUCAGCUGACCUACUUUGAGUGUGUGGUGAAAUCAAUUGGAAGUAAGCGUCACAUUGGCAUUGGGUUUGCUGGAAGAAACUAUCCAAUCAACACCAUGCUGGGAUGGCGGUUAAGUUCUGUGGGCUACCAUGCUGAUAAUGGCCUGUUGUAUCAUAAUUCUUCUUCUGGGCAUAUUACAAUAGAAACAGAAUCUCUACAAUUCAAUACAGGAGAUGUCAUUGGCUGUGGAUUGGAUGUGGCUACAACUAAAUUUCGACCAGAUGGAUCCCUAGAGAACCAGCAAAUUAUCAAAUUUUAUUUCACUAAAAAUGGGAAGAGGGUUCAUGAAGUUGAUUUCCACUAUCAGUCAGAUGGAAUCUAUCCAGGUGUUAAUUUACAUUAUAAUUCUGAUGAAGUUUUGUUGAAAAACUUUUAUCCUGGUGUGGAGCAUGGGAUCUCAGAGCUGGAAUCUGUCGUAGAGGUAGACCAAGAAGAACAAUCUUUUAUUGAAGGUUGCAGGUUUACUGUAGUUGGUAUGCAAGAAAAUGGAGUAAAAUUGAAAGGGAAGAUUCAGAUUUUGCAGCAAGCUUUUGAAGACCUAUCAUUUUCUACCAUCCCAGUAAUUGAGCAGCAUCUUCAGUUUCUGUCCAGCAAUAUCAAAACGUUGGACAUGCAAGGACAGCAACUUUUUGGACAGCUUACCUGGCAGAAAGAGUGCCUAGAAAGAUUCCUGCACAACAAAUCCCGCUUGAAGUUUUUGACAGUUGAUGUAUUAAGUGCUGAGGGCCAUGAUGAGCUGAUCAAGCACAUUGUGAAGGUCUGUGAAGAAGACUUGGCUUAUCACAGCAAGCUUUAUGAGGUCCAAGCGUCAGUAUCUAAAGGCCUGAAAAAAAUUGUUGAUAAACUUUCAGAAGAAAAGCUCAUCGACACAGAGACUAUGAGAGAUCUGGUUGGGGAGGAACUUGGGCUCAAUGGAAGAAUUUAUGAAGCCGCUGUGAGAUACUUACAUGCUAAAGGCUGGCUGUUACAUGUUCCAAUGAAAAGAACCAUCGUGGCAAUAGACCUAAACUUUGCGCAAUCUUUGGUGACAAUGUCAUCAGUUCUCUCCAAUACAAAAUCUGGGCAGAAAGUUCCCUGCAUUGGAACAGAAACAAGAAUUUGGAAUAACAUCACAGAAAUCAUACCUGAUGCCAAAUCUUUUCAUAAAGAAAAGUUAGAAAUACUGAGCCACGUGUUAAUGUUUAUGGGUGUGAUGGAGCUGAGGUAUCUUCGAGAAAAAAAGAGUGACCCAAUGUUUUGUUACUCCACUAUAAAAAGCAUAGGGGAGCUUCCCGUUGACUUGACUGACUUCAUCAAAAGUACCAAUAAAGACACCAUCCUGGUGGAGAGAGAAUAUUCUUUCCUUUACAGUUCCUGCAAAAAUGUCUUGUCCAUUAUUGUGUCACGCAGCAUCAGAUUUGCAAGGCCUGUGGUCAUCGGUCCAGACUGGUGUGUUUUUCAGAACGGUGCUGCUCAAACAACACUUUACAUUCGUGGAGAGCAAUGUCUUAGGCUAGAAACUCGUUGCUACAUGCCUGCUCAAAAAAGAGGUUGCAUUGAUAAUGAAACACAGUUCCAUAUGCAGGAAUAUGCCUUCAAUGUAUUCUGUCUCUUCACUGACGUCAUUGACUUUGUCAUUGGUCGUCUGAAGCUGCUGGCCAUCUUUACAGAAAAAGUGCCACCAAAUAUGGUUAACUGCUCCAUUGGAUGUAUUCACAACUGGGGUCUGUCUGAUGAUGAUUAUAGACAGACUUUGUGCACUCUGUGUGGUCAGUGCUGUGAAAAUGGCAGAAACUGUCCAUUUAAUGGUUUAGAGGGAGAAUACCAGCACCAGUGUGGGUGUGAUACUGUGGUAACAGGAUGUGAGGAUUGUGGGAUAUGUCAAGAGUGUGCUGACUUCAUGUGGUCCAUUGAGUCCUAUUUGAGGCCAAAUCUUGAAGUAGCAAGUUAUGGUAAGCUGAGGAGCAGCCAGUUCAUCUCUCUCAAUGCCACAACAUAUGAUGAAGUGGAAUUUACUAACCUUGGAGUAGAUCAAGCACCAAUUUGUUUGAAGGGGAGUGAUCAGGCUGGUAUCAUCACCAAAAUGUUUCCGUCUUCUGCUACAGAACUUCCAUCUCUUGAGAGUUUAGAGCAGCACAUGAAACAAUUGGAAACCUCUGGCUACAUGAAUACUAAAUUGAUGAGUUUCAACCAAGGAGAUACAGUGAAAAUAAAACUGGAACUUAUAAAGAGGGACCCUAAAACUGUUGUACAAAUGGAAGAAGACAUGCACCUUGAGAUAACUCCAGUCUACUUUACCUGCAUCUGUCGUGAGGUUACAAUCUGGCAUGAUACUGGCAUUUUAGUAUACACAAGCCAGUCACAACAAGUACCUGUUGGUCAGUUCAUUAGUGCUUCACCAUUGACUCCAGAAUGCAACUCAUUUUCAUUUGAAAUCAUUUCUCCUGGAGAUCAUGGCUACAUAGCUAUUGGUGUUUGUCCUAAAAGAUAUCAAAAAGACAGACAACCAGGCUGGAACAGCGGGUCCUAUGGCUACCAUGCUGAUGAUGGAGGCAUCUUUUCUGGCACGGGUUUUGCAUCUGAACAUGGAGAGACAUGCACAGUUGGUGAUGUGAUGAAAUGUGAAGUAGACUUUGAGAAUCAGUGGCUUCUUUUCUAUAAAAAUGGCAAAAUGAUUCACACAAUUGAAAGAGUAAGAAACUUUGGCAACUUUCAUGCUGCCGUUGGUUUCCAUUCAUUUGGAGAAGUUGUUCGACUCUUAGAAAAAGAACCUUGGCAGCAGAAUGAAGAAGAAGAGAAUGAUCUUCCAUCAGCUUUUGAUUCUUACAAAUAUGGAAAUAUGUGCAUUAGUCCUGGUAAAACACUGUUCAUGCACAGUAUCAAAAAAAAACUUCGAUCUUGGCUCAUGAUCAAUAAUCCUAGCAAAAGCAUAGUGGGAUACCGGAUUUUCCCAGAUGAAGCAGUAAGAAAUGCUAUUGGUUACUUAGAGCCCAACAAAUGUGUUGCUUUCAGGUUGGCACUAGACCUAACCAAAUUUGAAAAUGUGCCUAAUGUUGACGUGCACUGGUUUCUGUUGGAGUCCACUCGAGAUUAUGCUGGGGUAGAUAUUGCUGCCAUUUACAAAUCUACAACAGCAGAAAGCCUAUUUAAGCACAGACUUUCAGUUAAAGUCUCAGACAUUCAUUCUUCUGAAUCUUACCCUUUGAGACUAGCAACAGAGGAGCCAUCAGCCAUUGACUUCUAUAAAGCUGAAGUUAUAAAAAAUGGCAUUUCAGUGGCCAAGUAUUUGCUGAGAGGAGGCAAAUAUGUUUGUUAUCUACCACAGAAGUGUGAUGUGCUUGUUCGCUACCCGAAAUUUCCUACAAUGAAUCAGCCUAAUUCAUUCCAAAAAGGGAUGAGAGUAAUUCUAGACUUAAGGAAAACAGAAAAAGAUCUUUAUGCUGAAGCAAUUAUUGAAGAAGUGACAGAUGAUGGCUACAUCAGAUUAGAGUACUCUCAGCCUGGUGAAACUAGCAACAUGUGCAUGGAGUUAAAACUCACUGACCCAGAAAUCAAUAUUAAGGAAAUAGAGUAUGAGAAAAUCGAGAAGAAAGCUGACACAAAGAAAGAUGGAACUAGGGACAAGACAGAUAGUAGUGAGAGCAAAGUGGACAUUGAAAAAGUGGCUGCUUUAAAUCUAAUCAGCUAUCAACCCAGGGGUCGUAUAUCUUUUACAAAAAGACCCUAUACAUAUCCACCAUUUCAUCUCUUAACUGAGGGUAGUCAAGCAGCCAUUGAAGCAAUUGACAGUUCCUGGAGAUUGAACUCAUUGAACUCUAUAGCUCAGUGCUAUAAUAUGCCUACAAGAGUAACUGUUCAAGAACUUCAAAUUUUCAAGUUGAUAGGAAGUGAAUGGUUUAUGGGUGCUAAAGCCACAAAGAAAUUUGACAUGGCCUUUUCUUUCCUGCCAUCCAAGCUAGGCCUGAAGAACCUUUGCUAUCCCACCAUCCCAUCUAUGUUUACAGAUGUGGAUGUCCAUAUGCUUUGUUUUUUAGUUGACCAGGUAUACUUUGACAUCAACUUAGCUAAAGAGAAUGAGAUCAGUUUAGAUGUACCGCUUCAUUUUGUGAAUGCACAUCCCAUCACACCUUCUCCCCCUUUGAAUGCAGAGCAGAUGUUUGCAUCUGACUUUAAUGGCUGGGUUUAUACUGUUCUCUACUCCAACAAGCUCAGGUUGCCAGAGUGUGAAAAUCUUUUUACAGAUGAGAAGCCAAACUUAACCAGAAGCCAGUUGGAGACUAUGAUGAAGUCACUUAUACAUAUAUAUACAUCUCAGUGCCACAUUUUUGCUGAACAAUAUGGUGGCAUAGAAUAUCAGUCUACCCCUGAAGAUGGGACACAAGUCAUUCAGAGUUCUAUUCAGCAUCUUGACAAAAAUAUUGUGAAAAAGACUAGCAAAGCUGAAUUUAGCAGUGACAUUUUUAUAGGAAAGUCUCAUCGAAACAAUGUCUAUUGUAAAGCUCAUCAGUGGUGCUUGCCUGGGACCAAUGUUCACCUAGAUGGAGUCUUUGAUUUCAGACCUGAACUGUUCAGCCCAUAUGAAGAAACAGUGAAUCUCCUCUGGAGAGAGAGGCUGACUAUACCUUCACUCCCAGCUAACAUCUAUUCAUUGUUUCCAAACUUACAAUACUUUCAACUGUUUGCAAGUGAAGCCUUGAAGACUUUACCAGAUGGGAUCUCAAGCUGUCUUCGUCUGGAAAUGAUUUCUUUUGAAGAUUGUGGCAUUGAGACUCUUCCAUCAGAUUUGUUUAUGAUUCCUUAUUUAAAGCAUUUGUUCUGUAAUGCACUUAAGGUAAAAACUCUACCAUCCCAUGUUCUUAGCAAGAGUCCAAUUACAAAUCUGACCUUGUCCAACAUGCUGCUAACAAGUAUCCCCAAAGAACUUGGCCAGUUGACCUCACUGGAGAUGCUAAAUCUCAAUAGUAAUCCUUUAGAAACACUUCCAAUGGAGCUCAAAUCUUUAACCAAACUGAAAACAUUGUCAAUUUGUGGUGUUCCUUGGAUUGUCACGGAAGGUUCACAAGUAGAAAUGCCCCUUGACCAAUUUGAAGAGUUUGUUAAAAGUAACUCAACUUUGAAAAAUAUCUUUGGCAAAGAAAAAUUGGUUUCCUUGUUUCAUAGUUUUGAUCGCAACAAUAAUGCAAGGUUGGAUGAAGGAGAGAUGGCAGAACUUAAUGCCCAUAUAUUUUGGAAAGUCCCACGUUUAGGUUCAGCAUGUAUCAGUUGCUCAGAAUAUGGUGGCAUUCCACCUGUCAUAUUUCUGUUGACUGGACUUGAAGAGCUGAACAUGGACUUUCAAGCCAUUACUGCCGUACCUGUUCACAUGUGUCGCCUUCAGAAUUUAAAGACCUUGAGCAUCUCCAACAAUCCUCUUCUAGAGAGUUUACCUGGUGCUUUAGGUCAUCUUCCUAGUCUUAAAUCAUUGAGACUGAUAAGCAAUCCAUCACUUCGCACACCACCUAAUGAAAUUGUGAGCAGAGGCUUUGCAUCUAUCAAGGCCUACUUGAAAAGGCUUGCUGGGGGCUUCACAGAGUGCCGCAGAACCAAACUUAUGCUAGUGGGUCUUGGAGGUGCUGGGAAAACAAGUUUGCUGAAAGCAGUAAUGAGUCCAAACAAGAAAACAGCUGGCACAAGUGGGGAAGACAUUACUAAUGGUAUAGACAUCAUGCCUUGGACUGUGAAAACCAACAAUGAUAUUGAGGUGACUUACAACACAUGGGAUUUUGCUGGACAGACUCUGUACUACAACACACAUCAGUUCUUCUUGUCCAAAAGAGCUGUGUACUUGCUGUUGUGGUCCACGCGUCAAGGAUAUGAACAUGCUGGACUUGAGUUUUGGCUGAGUUCUAUUGCAAGCCAUGCACCAAAGACUCCCAUUUUUGUUGUAGGAACUCACUGUGACCAGGUACCCAAAGCAGACAUUCCAAUGGAUGAUCUACAACAAAAGUACCCACAGAUAGCAGGUUUUCACUUUGUCAGCUCAGUGCAAGGCAUUGGUAUAGCCAAAUUAGAGGAGGAUCUCAUUCAAGUCACAUUAGAACAAAAGAAUAUGGGAGAAAAAGUGCCUAAAGUUUGGUUAAAUAUGGAGAAAAAAAUUCUAGCUUUCAGAUCUACUAGAAGUACUUUGCCAUGGAAUACUAUUAAAGAAAUUGGGAUGGAAAUUGGUAUAUAUGAUGAGAAAGAUAUUCGUGAAGCCAUUCAAUUUCUGCAUGAGCUUGGCACUGUUCAAUAUUUUGACAAUGACUUUUUAAGAGAUCAAGUGGUCAUUGACCCUCAGUGGAUUGUCAAUGUGAUGUCAUGUGUUGUAUCUGUCAAGAACUCACCUAUACAGGACCACAAAGGUCGUUUCCUGUACAAGUACAUUCCUGAAAUCUGGAGAGACUAUCCCUCUGAGCAACAUCAAUGGCUGUUACGUUUGACUGAAGAAUUUGAUCUUACCUUUCCACUUCCUGGAGAAGAAUUGAACAUUGUUCCAUGUUUACUGCCACAAGAGGUUCCAGCAGAACUUCAAUGGCCUUUAGCUGACAUUACUAAAAAUCUCAAAGAGACAAAGCUGAUCUAUAAGUUUUCCUAUUUACCUGCAGGUCUAUUUAACAGAGCUCAAGUUCGACUUUUUCAUCUUUCUGAUGGUAAACUGGUAUGGAAAAGAGGUUCUCUUCUCAAGAAAAAUAAACACAUUGCUCUCAUUUCUCAGAUAAGUGACUAUGAACUGCAAGUAAAAGUUCAAGGUCCAAGACCAGAGAAUGUCAUUUUUCUUAUCCAUGAAAUUUUUGAAUCUUUGAUCCAAGAAUCAUUUCAUGGAGUUGUUUAUGAAUUUCAUGUUCCUUGUCCUGACUGCAUAACCAAAGAGGGUACUCUGGACCCAAGUAUGUUUGAGGAUCAUCUAGUAAAACGUGCCCGGGAGCAUAGAGCACCUUUCUUGCAAUGCAGAAAAUAUUUUCACACUAUAUCCAUGGCACAGUUGUUUGCAAUUAUGCCCUCUGACUCAGACUUUGAUGCCCAUCUUCAGAACAGCUUGACUGUCAUGCAACAGUUAAAUUCAGCCCUUCACACAGAUGUUACCAUUUUAUAUAGCUCUAGGGAUAAAGUUGCUAAUGAGGACAAGAAUCGAAUCAAUCCUGAACAGAUAUUUCAAGAUUUAGAAGCCUCUCAACUGAAAUGUUGGUUUUCAAGUGAUAUGGAUUCUGUAUCAGAACAAGAUGUUAUGUUAGCAUUGAAAAACUGCAAGGUUGUUGUGGCUCUGGUGUCUGACAACUUUGAGAGAGAUGAAAAAUCCAAUGCCCAUCUACUCUACACCAUGGAUACAUUACAGAAAGAUUGUACCAUUGUUGUCAUUGGAGAAAGCUUAGAUUGGCAGAAGACAGAUCUUGGGAUGAGAAUAGGGAAGCAAGAAGAAAUGAUCAUGGUGAGAAACAAAAGCAGGUAUGAUGCAAGUCGUAUUGAACAGAUGGUGUCUGGUGUCAAAGGGAAACUAAUGCAGAAUAAUUAUCAAAUUCAAAAACACCCUAGUGUCUUUAUAAGCUAUUCGUGGUCCAAUUCAAAACAUGCCCAAGAAAGAGGAACAGUGUGUCCACCAGGAGCCAUCGGCUGGGGUGACCCUCGUCAAGUGAAACAAGAGUUAGAGAAAAGAAAUAUUUCUUGUUGGCUGGACUGUGAUCAACCUGCAGCUGGCAAAGGAUUAUUCAAGAAUAUUACUGAAGGUAUUAGAAACUCUAAAGUACUGGUUGCUUUUGUAUCAGAUGAGUAUGCCAAGUCUGAUAAUUGUAUGAUGGAGCUGAGGUUUGGUGUCCUUACCUUAGAGCUGCCAACUAUUAUUGUAGUUGUUGGAACAGGCCGAGAGUGGAAAGAGUCAGAGGUUGGUCUUUUGAUGCAAAGAUCUAAAGCUGCCAAAAUUUAUAUGCAAAGAGAAAAUACAGAAGCCAUAAAUAUAUUGGAACGAUUUAUAUUAGAGAGACUGCCAAAACAUGCUGAUCAACUCAUAGCCAGAGAUGCUGUCCUUCAAGAUAUCAAGGCUCUUAAACAACAAGAGAAAAACAAACAAGAAAAAAAGAUGCCAGAAAGUGUUCAUGAUAAUUCAGCUAUACAAGAAGAGUCAGAGCUAGUGCAAAGAAAGUUUAUGCGUUUCAUCAUUUCCUUCAUCAGCACCAAUGACAGUGUUCCAACUCCAAGACUUAUUGUUAUAGAUUUUGAAAAAUCAGCGAAGACAUUGAGUAAAAAAGAAAGUCAGAAUGAUACAGACAGUAUAGCCAGUCAUUCUAUGACACGCCCAACUCUAAGGCCCAAAACAGCAAGUCGUACAUUUAAUCCACUAACUAAUAUUGCAGAGAAUGAACAAAAUUUAUGGGAAAGUGAAACAUUUUGUUGGAAAAUUUUAUGUGAAAAUGAAAAGGGUUGGCAUGUCUGCAAAAAAUCCUUCCAAGUGAAAAUGUCAGAAGAACUGAAGAAAACAAUCGAAGGAUGUUCUUUUUACAUGGCUAGAAUGUUUGCAAUAUUACGCCAGAGUUCAGUCAGCCUUAAUUGUUUUAGCGGGCAAGCUGGUAACCAGUUUACAUCAUGGAUUGAACAGUGUUCGAAUAAAGAGGUUGACUUUCUUGAUACUUACAUUGCUUUUCGUGCUGCACUUGUUGAGGAUGAUUCUGCUCACAAAUUUUUGAACCAGUUGACCAGGUGUCAUCUACCAACUGGAAAAGUCUACUGGUUAUGUGAGGAACAUGCCAAAGGUCCCAGAAUCACUAGACUGAGUACAGAGACUGCAACCAGAAAUGAAAAGGGAAAAGUUGUCUAUGAAGAAGACAUAAAGCUCAGAGAUAUUUUGGAACAAACUGAAACGUAUAAGCAGAAAAAGAAAGCCAAGAGUCCUGCGGCACACAUACAGUUACCUCCAAUGCUGGAUCUUUUCACCAAAGACCACUCAUCUGAAGAGGAUGCUAUAUUAAUAGCUGCAUUAAGCACAGAAAAGAAGCCAGUAGUAGAACCAAAGAGGAACAAUUCUUCUAUAAAUCUCACUCAGAACCCAGAAACACUAAGUGCAACUCCUACAACAUCGAAGAGCGUCAUGGAUUCCAGUAGAUCACUCCAGUCCCCCAGAGAGGAAUCAAAACCUUCCUCUCGUCAAUCAGCAAGAGCAGAUUCAUCCAUGAGUAAGAGUAGCAAGACUUGCACUCUGCAGUAGCUUUCAUAGGAUUACCUCAGUAAAAAUACUAUGUGUAGGUUCUUUACUAAUUGCUCAAAGCACUGUAUGGUUUAUGUAAUUAAUUGUAUGUAUGUAAUUUGUUAGAAAGCUAAUUACAAUUAUGCAUCUAUAACUAUGUAGUCUAUUAAAUAUAGAUGUGAAUAUAUACAUUUACAAAGUUUGAUUAUAACACACUUAAAACAGUAUAUUUAUAUAUUAGGCUUUUUGAUCAAUUGUUUUUAUAUUCUUCUGAUUAUAUGUUGUUACAAUGUAAAAACUUUUUUGUUUCUUUACUUUUCUUUCAAUAUUAAAAUAGAAAUAAUUCCUUCACUUAGUAUACAAUGAACUAUACAUGAAAAAUUUGACAUUUUGUAAUUUACCUGUAUACAAUGAACUAUACAUGAAAAAUUUGACAUUUUGUAAUUUACCUAUUUCAGCACUGAUAUUAACUAUUGUUCAUUAAUAGUUUUCUUUUAAAUACCAUAUGCCAGUAUACAUUAGUCAGAUAGACAUGUUGGGCUGAUGUUGAUUGCUUAUCAAAUUAUGUUGAUACAUUAAAAUAAAUAUUUUGUAUUAAAUGUUAUUGUAUGAGAUUGCAAUAAUGAUAUUAACAUUUUUUGUUUUCUGUCAUUAGGAUAAAAAAAAUGUAUUGAUUUUUACUUCUGCACUUAACAUGAUUGUUAUUUUAAAUCAAUUAACUCAUUAGAUACUAAUGCGCCCAAAUGCGCCCUUCCCCCCUCAGUACUAAUGCACCCUUCCCCCCUCAGUACUAAUGUGCCCGCCACAGCACACAUACAGCGUGACUUGUGUAGCUCUCGUUUUCCUGCGCGACGCGUGGUGUUAUUUUGAGCUGGCUGGGUUUUUUAAAAAGUAGAAAUAUAGAUCGUUUCGUUAAAAAAAAACGGAUGUUUUUACGUCUUUCGCUUCAGUUUCUAUGGGCCUUCGAAGUUUGUUGAUUUUUUUUUUUCGAUUUUUCUUAGCUGCACAGGCCAUUUUCUCAAUGACCUUUCAAUUUUUAGACCAGUUAUCGCAAAUAAUACACUAAAUACAGCUAAUAAUGAACUUGAUAUUGAUCAAGACAUUGAUUAUUAGAAUUUAGCGCUACAUUUAGACUUAGAUCUAGUCCGAUUCAGAGAGAGAGAGUGAAGGAAACAUUAGAUCGAUCAUCUAGCCUAGAUCUAGACUAUUCUGGAUCUAGCGUCAAUGAAUCUUCAACAUCUUUGACUGAUAUUUUGAACAGUUUUUAUUUACCACAUGAAAACUUUAGAUGAAAUAGAUCUAGUUGGGGGUGUUCACAACGUUGGUUUGGACAAUGGUUUGAUUACUUUUACUUUGUUACGCUAGAAGUCAUGAAAUCUGAGACACAUACAGAACCACAUCAGCAUGAUGCCGUGUUCAGGCAACUAAGGGCCUCACGCGUACCCAGUGAAAGUCAGUAAAUACUCAAGACAUAUAAAGAUUUUAUAUAUAAGCAUAAUGUUUAUUGUAUAGGCCUACUAAAUUCCUACUUAAAAACAUUACUGGACUUUGGGUAAAAUUUAAAUAUUACCAAAAAUUACAGAUCUGAUUGGGGGGGGGGGGGUCACCAGUCUUCAAAAAAUCAGGCACUCGAACAAAUUUUCGUCUUUACCUGUUGUUUUUAUUGUUUUAAUCUUGUAAAACCUAUUCAAAUUAUACAUCAUUUUAAAGGUCAUCCAUUUCUCUUUUUUUAGAAGUAUUUUUUGUUAUUGAUAGAUGUUGUUUUAUGUUUUUUAAAAUAUAUUUUGUAAAGUCAGUCUAUUGAUGAUUUGGAGUUACCUCCCUUUGCUUAGUAUUUAGAGAGAUGCUGCUUAGGUAUGGGCUUAGUAGCUAAUGAGUUAAAUGCUACAUUAAAAAAUUUGUACCAAUCUAAAACUAAGCCAUGACAUACAUUUUUAUUUCUUUUGAAAAGGGUAAAUCUUUUUUUUAUUAGACCUAACUGUACCAAGAUUAUUUUUUCAAUAAUAUGUAUUAAAAAGUUUGUACCAAUCCAAAACUAGGCCAUGACAUACAUUUUUAUUUCCUUUAAAAAGGGAAAAUAUUUUUUUUAUUAAACUUAACUGUAUUAAUAUUUUUUCAAUGAUAAAUGUAUUUUACUUUUCCAUGAUAAAAUCAUUACAGAAAUAAUUUUUAACCAGAUUUAGUUUUUAGGAUAGAAACAAAAUGUUAUUCUUAUUUGCUUAAUAUUUUUCUUUUCGCUUGUUUGCCAGAUUACUAUUUUGUAUAUUUUUUGUUAGAUUUCAGGAUCUUUAAGCUAUAAAGCUUACUUUUUUUUUUUUUAUGAUUGAUUAUCAUUCUAUAAAUAUUGUUGUCAAUUUUUUUGUGAUAUUGAGUGAUAUUUUGUGAUAUUGUUUUUUAAGUGUAUUUUCUCUCAGGACACUUUUUAAUUUGCUCAUGUAAAUGGAAUGACAACUUUGGUAGGAAUUUAUUUCCUUAUUUUAAAAAUUUGUUCUGCUAUACUCUGGUAUAUUUUUUUAUAACUCAUCUUUUACAUUUUAGUAUUAUUAUUUACUUGAUACUUUUCAACCUUAUAUUUUUGUUCAUAAAUUUACAUUUGAACAUCAUUCAUAAUUCAGUAAACAUUUAUUUUUGUUGUUUUUUUCCAUACAACUGCCGGAAUAUGAUCUAAAAUUAACACGCAGCACAAUUAAAGGUGCUGGUGCAUUAUGAAAUUCUUAAUCUUUCUCAAAAGUAAUAGCCUAUAUUUAUUUUUAUGUUUGUUUAGUGGCUCUUUUCUUUUCUAAUUAUUUUUUUUCCACACUGCUACACAAUAUUAAAUAUAACUGUAAUCAUUUUUUUUACACUUCCAUAUCUAAUUCCUGAUUACAUUUUUAAUUGUUCAACUUAUAAUCAAAUGGUGAGAAACAAAUUUAAUAAUUUAUUUGUAUUCAAAGCAAUCUAUAUAUAUAAUUCUCUUCAUGGCUCAAGAGUUUGGACAAAAGUAAAGGAAAGAUCACUCUUUUAUUUCUGCAAGUCGGACUAGAGUUACCCUACGAAAAAAGAGGGGGGGAUAGAACAAGUAGUAUUCACCCUUCACAAAAUAGCAGGGCCAGACUUAACCGUUGUGACCAAGAAGUCAUGGAAAGAUCACUCUUUUUUUUAUGUCUACCCCACGUAGUUUUAGCGGCGAAAAAAAAAAAAGGGGGGGGGGAGAACAAGUAAUCUACUCUGUAUUCAUCCGUCACUAAAUAGUAGGGCCGGACUCAACCGUUGUGGGGCCCUAUGUGAAACAGAUUUUGUGGGGCCAAGUUUGGGUAGGGAUACGGAUAAUAAGUGAAAUUGAGGAGUUUGUAUUAGAAAUUAAAUUCCGUCUUUGCAUUUCAUUCAUUCUUUACUACGUACAUAACUACUUUACAAGCCUUGCGUGUAGUGAAGUCAUAAAGUAUGUCUUAAAAAUUUUAUUACCAACAUAGAUCUUGCUCAAUAGCAAGAAUUAACAAAUGUUUCAAUCUAUCUAUGAGAAUUAUUGACCUCAAGUAAUUCUUCAUUAGUUUGAGGCGUGAGAAGCUUCUUUCACCAGAUUACACAAUUACGGGUAAUGCAUAAUGCUGUUUUUAUUUAUCGCACGUAGGGAUUGGCGUUUGCCAUAUUAAAUGACACUCCAAAAUGACAAUUUUUGUCUACAUAUUUCAUGAGAUUUGUAUGAGUUUUCAAAAGAUUUUUUAUAAUUUCUGGAGAUUUCCAUGACUUCCUCGUAUAUUUUAUCAAUUUCAUGAGAUUUCAAGGAGCUCCUGGUAAAUCAGGAGGCUGCAGGAAUUCUGUUAUAAGUUAUAAAAUGGUUUAAUUUAAUAAUUUACACCUAGAAUUAGCGCGGGUCCUUUGAAAGUGCAGGGCCCACUGCGGUCGCAUAGGUUACAUUGGCCUAAGGCCGGCCCUGCAAAAUAACAGCGUAUGCUACGCCAAGGGUUGACUAGUACAAAAUAUUGUUCUCAUUUUAUUUCCAUUUUAGACAACUUAAAAAUUAAAUGUGAACUGCUUUAUGAUCUAUUAAUUGGAAUUUAAUUCUUUAAAGUAAAUCUACUUCAGUUGUCAACUAAUGAAUAUUAAAAAAGAUUGAACAAA